UCCUCCAAUGAAAUUUCCUCCAAGCAAACAGCGCUCCUCGUUCAAAACGAAGCUUGCUGCUGCACUGCUGUCAACAACGGAGAAGCUUGAUCUUUGACACACACAAGGCAUUUUCUGCUUUCCAUAAUGGCAGAAGGGGAGGAUGUGGAAUGGGAGCUGUGCAAAGAAAACAUUCAACCUCUGAGACGUGGAAGAAACAUGUCAGCCUUGCUUCAGGCACUCAGUCAAAGCAAAGAUGGCCUCAGCCCUGCCAUCCUCCAACAGAGACAGGCUUUUGAGUCUGAAUUGCGGCUGUACAACGGAGAUGAUCCACUUGAUGUUUGGGAUCGGUACAUCAAAUGGUCAGAGCAAAUGUUUCCUCGGGGAGGAAAAGAGAGCAACCUGAGCACACUGUUGGAGCAAGCCGUGACACGAUAUACAGACGAAAAGAAAUAUCACGACGAUCCUCGCUACGUGGACCUCUGGAUCAAAUAUGCACAGCAUUGCUUGCAGCGCUUGGACAUUUACAGGUACAUGAAGGCCCAAGGAAUAGGGAUCACCCAGGCGUCCUUCUACAUCGCCUGGGCUGAGGAGCUUGAGAAUGGUGGCAACUUCCUCAAAGCCGAUUUGAUCUUCCAAGAAGGACUUCGUAUGCUUGCCCAGCCUCUUGACAGACUACAGCAGUUUCAUAGGUUGCUGCAGGCUCGCGCGUCUCGGCAAGCGAUGAAUAAAGUCGAUGACAGUGACAGUGACGACGAGACCAAACAGCCUGAGCGAGUUUCGCUUGCCGAGCUCAAAACGCGAGGGAAAAAGGCCGCCGUGCCUAUCGUCCGAACUGGAGCUGCAAUUAAAUCUGUCUCAAGGGGCCUGAGUUUACGUGCCGCUCCAGUGGAAGAACGCAGCAGUCAGAGCAGCAACAGUAAAGUGGUGAUCUUUGAUGAAAACAAAGCAAGCGCCGUUCCUUCGGAACCGAAAUUCGAGCCUUGGUUGGCUCCUCCUCCUGCGAGGGCAAAGGAAAAUGAGAAAGCGGUGGAAAAAUGGUGCGACGUGAAGAUGCGCCAGAAGUCCAAAUUUGGAAACGCACUGAUGGCUGCACCUCCUCCAAAGCCCACUUUCCAACCAUUUGUUGACGAGUCGGAUGAGACACCGAAAAUGACACCGUGCAAGAUCAUCCCGACAGUGAACAACAUUUUGUCAGCACGCAAGCCCUGCAGAGACGACACUCCUCUGAAAAGGCUGCUGGAGCACCAACGUCAACAGAAAGAAGGCGAAACGAGCAAAGACCCGGAAAAGAGCAUGUACUGUAAAGAGCUGCUCUUCAGCGGCACCACCGAAUUCAGCUUGGAGGAACUGCGUGCCGAGCUUUACAUCAAGAAGAAGAAUUCGCAGGCGGCCGUUUGCCCUGGCGAGCCGGCGACCGACACCGAGACGAAAUAAAAAGGUCUCGUGAAAAGCCUUUCUGGGUGCUGGUCAUGUGGUACUAGCCCCAACCUUUUUUUUUUUUUUUUGGUGCCAAUUGACCAAACCGGAACCCAUCAGCUGCCUCCUAAGUCCACAUCGGCCAACAAGGCUACAGCUUCAGCUUG